AUGAUUUUGGCUAUUUAUAUUGAACGUAUUAAUCCAGGUGAAUUCGGCAUAUCACAACCGUGGAAUUAUUUAUGCAAAAAAGGCUAUUGGAAAUCACAACAAGUAUCUUCUAUUAAACAAACAAAGAUUAAUAAGAAUAAAGAUAAAGAUUAUUCGACUAUUGAAAAUAAUCACUGGAUUGAAUCAAGUUCUCUUGCCAAUACAAAACUACCUGUCUUAAGUAUAAAUCAUAUGACAAAAAUGCGUCAAAUGAGACGAAAAGAAGCGGAAGAAUCUAUUGAUAAUAUUCUUAAUUUAAUUGGACUUGUCGAUCAACAACAUACAUGGGCAAAUAAUUUGUCUGGUGGUAUGAAGCGUCGAUUGUCUAUUGGUAUUUCAUUAGUUGGUGAUUCGAAAGUAUUGAUUUUGGAUGAACCUACUAGUGGCAUUGAUCCAUACAAUCGUCGUCUUAUAUGGACAAUUAUACGUAAAAUGAAAGAAGCCGGAAAAUGUAUAAUUUUGACAACACAUUUUCUCGAAGAAGCUGACGUUCUAUCUGAUCGAAUCGCUGUUAUGAGUAAAGGUCGAUUGCAAGCAAAUGGAACGCCUGAAUUUCUUAAACAACAAACAGAUUUUGAAUAUCGUAUUUUUAUUGAGAAAAAUGAAACAUGUGACAUUCAACAUGUUACUAAAUUCUUUCAAGAACAUAUACAAACUGCUGUAUUAGAAAGACAAUCAGCAUCAGAACUAGUAUUUGGCAUCAAACGUGGUGCAUCACAACGAAUUAGUCGAUUAAUCAAUACACUCGAUGAGCAAGGUCCAAAUAUUGGUAUUAAGGGAUAUGGUUUAUCAAUGACAACAGUGGAAGAAGUAUUUUUAAAACUCGUAGAAGAAGAAACGAACGAAAUAAAACAAAAUCAAGAAAAAUCAAAAGCUAAUCUAGCAAAAACCGUAUUCUUUCGAAAUCACAAUCAUAUCACUGGUUUUUAUCUCAUUUGGAUUCGAUUUUCUACAUUCAUUAUCAAACGAUGGAUUCUUUCUCGUCGACAAAUAUUCGUUUUAUUUGGCUUCUUUCUAGGACCUUUAUUGAUUGAAAUUUUAACUAUUUCAACAUUGUCUUCUCCAAAAGAUAUUCAAGCAUCACUUUUACAAAAUGAACGUGUUAAAAAUGCUCAAGUUACACUUAUUCCAUCAAUAUAUAAUCCCCAAACAAUAGUUAUUCAUUCAAAUGAGAAUGGUAAUCAAAUAAAAGGAUAUUUAAAAAAUUAUUUAACAAAUAUGAAUGCAAAUAUUGAAGAAAUAUCAACAAAUAAUAUAAUCGAUUAUAUUCUAUCACGAAAUAAUAAUUCCUAUGAUACAUAUGUUAAUAAAUAUCAAAUGGGUUUUUCCAUUGAUAAACGUUCAACACUUGUAAUAUUCAAUGUUUUCUUUUCGACAGUUAAUUAUCAUACAAUGGCAACAGGUCUUAGUAUAGCAACAACAUGUUUAUUUCAAUAUUAUGCAAAUUCAUCAUUAAAAAGUAUUCAAACAAUAAAUCAACCAAUUUUAACAUCUUCAGCAUCAGUUACAGCUCGAGCUAUAUUUUACGAUCGAAUAUAUUGUUUUGAUACAGUUCCAUUAUCAUUAUUAAAUUUUAUAAAUAGUUUUAUUGCAUCAAUUUUUAUUAGUAUUCUUGCAUUGAAUGUUAUUCGUGAACGUAUUAGUCAUUCAAAAGAUUUACAAUUAUUAACAAAUACAUCAAAAAAAUUAUAUUGGUUUUCGAAUUUUCUUUACGAUUUAACGUUAUGUUGGAUUGUUUCUGCACUUUUAACUAUUGUUGUAAAGAUUGGAUCUGUAGUCCAUCCAAAUCCAGAAGUCGAAGUUCAAAUUUAUAAAGGUACCGAACAGAUAAGUUAUUUUUUUCUUUUAUAUGUCAUGUAUUCACUGGCUUCAUUACCAUUCAUGUAUUCAUAUUCAUUUAUUCCUGAAUCUGAAUUGAUCGGUUUUAUUAUGUUUUUAAUUGUAAAUGUAUUUGCAUGUUUUUUUGAUAUGGUUCUCGGUUUUAUUGCGGUAUUUUCACAAGCUUCUCCAUCAUCUAGUACUGAUAAAAUGGGUACAACUACGCAAGUUAUGUUAAUUCUUCGUUUGAUUCUUGCGGGUUUCUUUCCAACCGUCAAUUUUAAACAAUCUUUAUUCAAUAUUCGUCUACGUUCAGAUCCAACUUGUGUUUCAGUAAUUAAUUCUAUAAUGAUCACUAAUUAUUCUUCUGAUGAACCAUGGACAUCAUUGAAUGAACCUGGUAUUGGACUUCAAUUAGUUAUAUUUACUGUUCAAAUAGUAGUUUGGUGGACUAUAUUGACAUGUAUAGAAAAUCGAGUUAAGAUCGGACAAUUAAUUUGUUGUUGUUUUAAUCGAAAAGAACAUAUGACAAUUGAUAGAAAGAGAAAACAAGUGAAUAGCAAUAAUUCAACAAUGGCACUUGAAUGGAAUGAUUCGAAACUUGACAAAGAUGUUCGAGAUGAACGUCGAAUGAUUCUUAAUAAUAAGGAAUUAUUUACAUCGUCUGUUGUGCUUGCUCGAGAUCUUGUUCAACAAUUCAAGAAACGAAAAGGAAAAUCACUUUUUUCGCCUUAUUUUACCGCAGUUGAUCAUCUUAAUUUUUAUGUUCCAAAGCAAUCAUGUUUUGGACUUUUAGGUGCUAAUGGAGCCGGCAAAACGACAACAUUUCGAAUGUUGAUCAAUGAUAUUCAGCCUACAGCAGGAGAAAUAAUCAUUAACGGGAAAAAGAUCAACCAGACGAAACGAAACAUUGGAAUGGGCUUUUGUCCGCAAUUUGAUUGGCUCAUCGAAGAUCUAAAUGUAGCCGAAACAUUAACUUUAUUUGCAAGAUUGAAAGGUUUAUCGACGGCAGAAAUUCCAAUAACUUGUAAUGAAAUGAUAGAAUUAUUUGAUCUUGAACCUUAUCGAAAUCGCGAAGUGAAAAAUCUUAGUGGUGGCAACAAACGAAAGGUGAGUGCUGCUGUAGCAUUCAUGGCUAAUCCAUCGUUGGUCUUUUUGGAUGAACCAACUACGGGUUUGGAUGCUGGUGCGAAACGCAAACUAUGGAGUGUGAUUCGAGCAGCUCGUGAUGCUGGCUUGACAAUAAUUAUGACCAGUCACAGCAUGGAAGAAUGUGAAGCAUUGUGUACAAAAAUUGGCAUUAUGAAAUCGGGUCAAUUUAUUUGUCUCGGUAAUCUUCAACAUUUAAAAAAUCGUUUUGGUAAAGGCUAUUCAGUACAAGUCAAAGUAUCUCGUGAGAAAAUGAACGAAUUUCAACAGGAACUCGCUACAAAUGAACAAAAUGGUGUACUUUUUUGUAAUGUACCAUUUUCAUCAUCGGCGUCAAACAAUAUAGAAAGUGUACCAUUUUCAUCGAAUUUAUCUCUUAUAUUUGAAAUACUCAAUACAAAAAAAGAACAAAAUAUUAUUGAAAAUUACUCAGUAACUCAAACAACACUUGAGCAAAUAUUUGUUCGUCUAGCUGGUUAUGAUAUAAAUGAUGAUAAUACAUUAACAGAGACUCCUUCUGUUUCAUCUCAAUCCAAUUUGAAUACUGCGACUGUCAAUCAAGUAUUUGUUAUAGAUUGUACAGUUUCGACAUGCACUUUAGACAAUUUGGAUUCAGAUCAAUUUAUGUCUGCUGAAAGUAUCGAUAUUCAUCUUUAA